AUGGCCACGGAAAAAGGGCUGCCCGAAACUGAGACCAUCGAAAAUGCCCAGGCUGAAGAGCGCCUCCGGGCGGCAGAGUUUGAGCCUCCCAUGCAACAUAUUCAGGAGCUCAACGAGGCAGAACAUAUCAAUCUGAGCUGGCGAUCAUGGCUCGUCGUCUUCGUGACAUGCUUUGCCAUCAUGGCUCAGGUUUUUGUUGUCGUGGCUGCGGGCUCCGUCAUUGCCUUUAUCAUUCGGGAUCUGGGUAAUGCUUCGAUAGCUGGCUGGAUUAUUCAGGGACCGCUACUCAUGCAAAGUGUUCUUUCGCCAAUCGUGGGCCGUCUGAGCGAUGUCCUCGACCGGAAGUAUUUGGCCGCGGUUCCUGCCUUGAUUGCUUUCGCCGGUGCAGUGGUGUCAGCCAAGGCAACUUCAAUGCCGAUGCUUAUCGGAGGGGGCGUUCUGAUCGGCGUAACCCUCAGCACUAUCGCCAUUGUCCAAGCCAUUCCGAGCGAGGUAUUGCCCUUGAAAUACAGGGCUCUCGCAAAUGGAUUCGCAUUUCUGGGAGGCGCUGUGGGUGGUCUGGUCGGUGUCCUGGGCUCGGGGGGUGUGACGAACGCGAGCCCAUCGGGCUGGCGUGAUAUCUUUUGGAUACAGGCUGCAUUCCAUCUUGCCACCUUCCUCGGCCUCAUGCUUUUCUACCACCCAAGCCGACGCUCUGACUAUCCGAAAAUGUCGUUGAAGCAGUAUUUUUGGGCCGUAGAUCCUAUCGGAUCAUUCCUCUUCAUCGUGGCUUGCACGCUGCUGCUGUUGGCAUUGGACUGGGCGGGAGGGGCAUAUGCUUGGUCGGAUGCUCAUGUUGCUGCACCACUCGGUCUGGGGCUUGGAUUUCUGGCACUCUUCUGCAUCUAUGAGUGGAAGGGUCGCUCCGAUGGCCUUGUCGCCCACGUUUUCUUCAAAGGCUCACCCAACUUCGCACUGUCGGUCUUCGCAUUCGCAGUCGAAGGUUGGCUGUUUUACAGCGCCGUCAACAGUGUCACCCCUCAGAUUGUCCUGAAUCUCGGGUUCCAAACCAAUGCCUGGGAUAUCUCUAUCAGGCAACUGUCAUAUAACCUUGUGACUCUGUUCGCCUCCAUCCCCUUGACGCUGUAUGCCACAAAAUACAAAGACUUGAAGUCUCCAUUAAUAGCGACAUUCAUCAUCUUCCUCGUCGUUUGCAUUUGUUAUUCGGUGAUCACCCCUGGCAUGAAUAAAGCACAGAUCGGGUUCAAUGUGCUUUCCGGCAUUGGCCAGUCCGGGCCGCUCACACUGAUCGUGGCACUGGUCCAAUUCACCGCGCCUCACGCUUUUCUUUCAACAGCUACCGGUCUCGGAUUUUCUGCUCGAGCAAUUGGUGGGGCCUUUGGUUCUGCUAUACUGGAUGCGAUCAUCAAUGGCAAACUCAAGUCCUAUUCAACCAAAGUUGGUGCAGCGGCGGUCGACGCAGGUCUACCGAAGUCGUCGGUGCCCGCGUUGCUGGAGGCCCUAACAACAGGGAUGGGGUUCUCCAGCGUUCCUGGCAUCAACACCACCAUUGAGGCAAGGACGUUAGAUGAAAGCCACAGGGUGUAUGCUCACGCGUACAGGGUUGCAUGGGCCAGCAUCAUCCCUUUCGUGGUGCUUGCCUUGAUCGCCAUUUUCUUCCUCAGAGGAGUCAAAGAGCUGAUGACGGAGAAGGUUGAGGCCACGGUGGAACAUGUCAAGAGGGAGGAAGAUGGCGGUACUCCGUAA